GUGAGUCGGUGUCGUCCCGCGUCACGUUACCUGCCAGACGGAAGAAUCAGCCAUUUCGAGCGAGUUGUGCGUUCUCUUGUAUUGGUGACAUUGAGGGAACGUAAACCAUUUUCCACGUCGUUCAAAUCUUAAAGAAUAUCAGACUUUAAUCUCAGUAAAUUCAAAAUAGUCUCAGGAAUUAUUUAGCCGUUUUUUAGUGAUUGUCGUUAUCAAUCUGUCUGGGUGCGGCAGAGAAACGACAACGCCACAGAUUUAUAUGGAUAUUUCUAGCUACGAUCUUCAUCUUUUUUAAGCUCCAGAAAUAACACAAAUCUACAAUCAGGAUGGGCAUCGCGAAUUUGAUGUUUCCUGUCUUAUUAUUCGUGAACGGUGUUUUUGGUGUGGAGACGGAUCCAGUGGAGAUUCGUGAAUUGAUGGAAGGAGAUUCUGUCAUUCUAGGCACCAAGUGUAUUACCAAACUACAAAAAUAUGAUGUGAUUGAGUGGAGGUUUGAAUCUGUGGUCAUAGCUACAGUCAAGGAUAAUAAUCCCUUAUUAUAUGGAACUGAUGAUGCAAGAUUCAACGACAGACUCCAAAUAAAUGCUCAAACUGGGGACCUCACCAUCAGUAACACCAGAACCUCCCUCUCUGGGCUUUAUGAAGUGAAGAUCACCAAUAUCACUAACACAACAUACAGGAGAUUUAGGAUCACGGUCCUUGAUGCGAUUCCUACAAAAGUUUCCGUAACGGCGGGAGAGUCUGCCAUUUUACAGCCUAAUAUUGCUGAUAUACACAUUUAUGAUGUGAUAGAAUGGAAGUUCGAAGACGGAGAGACUCCCAUCGCUAAAAUUGACCAACAAACCAGUAAAAACCCCUCAUAUGAUGAAACUGAUGAGAGAUUCAGAGGCAGACUGAAACUGGAUCAGUCCGGAUCUCUGACCAUCACAAACACCAGAACCACAGACUCUGGACUUUAUAAACUACAGGUGGAAGGGACAAACAUAGCUCCUAAACACAGGAAGUUUCGUGUCACGGUCGAUGAAGAUGGUCUGUCCACAAGUGUUAUGCUGAUUACAGUGGGGAUAUGUUUGUGUGUCAUUGCAUUGAUCGCGGUUGUUGGUUGGAUUUACUGUCGGAAUAAGACACAGACUCAACAAGGCCUGUAUUAACUUUGCAUGCAUGGCCAGAAUCAACGAAAGUGAUGUGGACAGAAAUUGUUCAGUGCUUCUGUAGCAUGAGCUGUGGAUGAGUUGUGAUCGAGAAUAGAGAAUCUGCUUACAUAUAUUGUACAUUCACUGGAACAGUUUGCAUUACAUGCUGAUCAACGAUCCUAGUAUUCAUGGCACACUUCUUUCUUGCGUGUAAUUACAAGAUAUCAUGCCUGUUAUUGAUGCAUAUUUAAUCAUGGUGGCUGGUGGGACCGUUGACUGCAGCUUUUAAGGUUUUAGAUGGAAAUUCUUUAGAUCACCUGACAUCAGCAGGUGCCAUUGAGAAAAAAAAAAAAAAAAAAAAACUUAUAUUCCUUUUUUUUUUUAAAUUGGUUAUAAAAGGAGAUUGUGUGAUACAUGUUUUCUGCAUGUGCAAAUGAUUUAAGGGAUGAGCCUGUUUUUUGGUUAAAGUCUGCAAAUUCACCCCCCCCCCCAUAGCAUUAAGGAAACUUUGUGCCUCAUUUUUAUUUUUAUGUUUUUAAGAUCUAUAUUUUCCUCUUACUCUUAUACUAUGUUUACAUUGGGAUCGAUUGUGAUAAACUCUUGUUCAAUUUCCUCUUGUGAACAGUGAUUUGGGUCGUGAAUGUGUCCUGUUAUGUAUAGGUCUUUUUCUUUUUUUACUUUUAUUAUUGUUAAAAGUCAGGCUUUUUUUUUUUUUUUUUUUUUUUGUAGAGAUUCAUAAGUAAAAUGAAUGCCAAAGUUGUUGCACAUAUUUGUAAAUUCAUUGAAUUACUAUUCCCCCCAAUUCAUGUUUUUAGGCUGCUAAGCUGGAACAGAAAAUGAUGCCUUUUUUUGUAUAUUGGGAAAUAUUUGAAUUAAUAAAGAAGGAAUAUAUG